GCCAUGUCAAAGAAGUCUCACUAUUUUACCACCACAUAAUAACUUUAAUAUUUCGUUAUUAGCGAACACAUGAUUUUCAACCAACUUAUUUAAAAAAAAAACUAUCGUCCUCAAACUAAACGAGUCGGCUCCGCAUUACUGUAUAUAUUCAACAUAGAACAAACCAUGGUGCACAGAAAAAAAAGAACCUAAUAAAAUUGGUAACUAUUAGUUUGUCAAAACGUCCAUUGACGGGUGCUGGUGAUAACCGAGUACCUGUAGCAACUUUACGACGAAAAAAAAGAAGGAGGAUUCUGUGGUCUUGACAUGUUGAUCGGUUUGUGGUCUGUGUGAUGUAAGUGUUGGUGGUUUGUCGUUGAAAAUGUAUUUUGGUUUAUAAUUUGUUAUAAAAAUAUUAACAAAAAUUUCUAUUACGAUGGCCAAACUUUACGUUUUAUUCGAACAUGCUGCUGGAUAUGGAGUUUUCAAAGUUCAAGAAUUCGAAGAGAUCGGUAUGGUCCUACCGCAAGUCGAAGCUUCCAUAAACGAUUUAUCAAGAUUUAACAGUAUUGUCAAGCUUGUAAGUUUUUCUCCGUUUAAAACUGCCGUGGCCGCUUUGGAAAAUAUAAACGCUAUAUCGGAAGGAGUCGUGUCAGAAGAUUUACAACAGUUUCUUGACCUCACGAUACCCAAAACUGGUAAAAAAAGUAAAAUAACUCUUGGAGUAAUUGAUCCUAAGUUGGCCGCCUCAAUUACUGAGGCUCUGGGUAUUCAGUGUACCCAUGUAGGAGCAGUUCCAGAAAUUACUAGAGGCAUUAGAUUUCACUUUCACCAUUUAGUCAAAGGUUUUACUUUGAAAAGUUCCGGUAUUGCGCAGUUGGGUUUGGGUCACUCCUAUUCUCGAGCCAAAGUCAAAUUUAAUGUCCACAGAGUAGAUAACAUGAUCAUUCAAUCCAUUGCCCUCCUUGAUCAACUGGAUAAAGAUAUUAAUACAUUUUCUAUGAGGAUAAGGGAGUGGUACUCUUAUCAUUUCCCAGAACUUGUCAAAAUAGUGCCAGAAAAUUUCAGUUAUGCAAAAUUGGUCAAAUUUAUAAAAAAUCGUAAGGAACUUUCUGGCGAUUCUUUAGAAGGGUUAGAAGAAAUUACUAUGGAUUCUGCCAAAGCACAGGCAAUAUUGGAUGCCUCAAAAUCAAGUAUGGGCAUGGACAUAAGCUCUCUGGAUUUAAUGAACAUUGAAAUGUUUGCCGAUAGGGUAGUUUCACUGGCAGAGUAUAGAAAAAAGUUGGCCACUUAUCUGAGUACAAAAAUGAAAGAUGUGGCGCCAAACUUGGCAACACUUAUUGGUGAUCAGGUGGGUGCCAGGUUGAUAGCGCACGCUGGGUCUUUGACUAACUUAGCUAAAUACCCUGCAUCCACAGUUCAAAUUUUGGGUGCUGAAAAGGCUUUAUUCAGGGCUUUGAAGACAAGAGGGAAUACUCCAAAAUAUGGUUUAUUAUUUCAUUCAACAUUUAUCGGGAGGGCUGGAACAAAGAACAAGGGAAGAAUCUCCCGAUAUUUGGCAAACAAAUGUUCAAUCGCGUCAAGGAUUGACUGCUUUGCUGAAACACCCAAUCAAAUUUUUGGAGAAAAGCUAAAGCAGCAAGUGGAAGACAGGUUAAAGUUUUAUGAAACUGGCGACGUUCCAAAAAAAAAUAUUGAAGUGAUGAAAGAGGCUCUGGAAGAGGUUCAGCAGUACCUCGAAAUUGAAACAAAGAAAGAUAAAAAGAAGAAGAAGAAACGGACCGCCUCCGAAGCCUUUGACACUAGCGGUGCAGAUGAGAGUAGCAUCGCGAAUGGAGGCGAUUCUGAGGAACAGCCCAAGAAGAAGAAGAAAAAGAAAAAAAGUGAAUCCUCCCAAGGGGAUGACACUUUUAACAACAGCAUAUCUAAUGGGGAUGGAGAGGCAGUUCCGAAGAAGAAAAAGAAGAAGAGUGAAUCAAAUAGUACUUUGGAUUUAAGUGUAAUAGAUUCUGCACACAAUGAAAAUGAAGAUACACCGAAAAAGAAGAAGAAGAAAAACAAAGACAAAGCCGAAUAAAUUCUCUUACAUCAGGAGUUAAAAGUUUUUCUAGAGAGCUUUUAAAAUUUAUUGUUAGUAAGGGUUACAUCUUGACUUUUUAAAAUUGGUUAUUAUAAUCUGGUGACGUGAAAAAAGUGUACAUUAGUAUAGGAAAUACUUUAUUUUGAAAUAUAUCAUGACUUAAGCAAAA